AUGCAUGGGAGCAGUCGGAACCAACGGCGAAGCCUCUUGGAGCUCCCUCCGCCGCCGGGCCCGGCCCGUCCUGUGCUAGACGUCCAGGUGCCCACCCCGGGGGGCUGCGGGGGGCGGUUGGGGAGGGGCGCGGGGGCCCGGGCGGCCCUGGUGCGGCUGCGGGAGCUGUGCCGCCGGUGGCUGCGGCCGGAGCGGCGCUCCAAGGAGCGCAUGCUGGAGCUGGUGGUGCUGGACCGGCUGGUGGGCGCCCUGCCCCGCCGCGCCCGCGCCUGGGUGCGCCGCCGCCGGCCCCGCACCGCCGAAGACGUCGUCCUCGCCCUGGACGCCCUGGACGCCCUGGAGGCCCCGGAGGCCCCGGAGGCCCCGGACGCCCGGCCCGGCCCGCUCCACUGGGUGAGGACCCGCUGGGGGAGCCUCCCGACCGGCUCCCCCGCCCCGCACCCGGCGCCCCCUGGCGACGGCCACGGGGCCCGCCCCCAUCCCGCCCCCUGGAGGCGGGCCGCCCCGGAGCCGGCGGACCUGCCCCCCGCGCCCCCUGGUGGGGGGCUUCUGUGGGGUAACGGCGGCGGGACCCACCCCCAGCCCGCCCCUUGGGGGUGGGCUGCUCUGGGGCAACGGCGACGGGACCCGCCCGGAUCCCGCCCCCUGGCGAGCGGCGCCCGGGCCCGUGGCGAGCGCCUGACGGAUACCGUCGUCGUCGUUAGCGCGAUCGCGACGGAGACCCCCGCUCGUGGGACCGUCCGGUCGCCUCCGUCGAGCGCCCGGCGCGUGCUGGGAGGGAACGGCCGGGCGCCCGGCCCGGCGGUCCGCGCGGAGUCGGCGCCCGACCGAGGCCCGAACGAGCGCGGCGACGGGCUCUGGGCCGGCGAGGGAGCGGCCGCCUCCCCGGCUCCGCCCCCCUCCGGCCGCGUGACCCCGGGGGCGUCACCGCGCCUCUCCGGGCCCCGCUCCCCUCCCCCGGAGAACGGGGGCGGAGACGGGGAGCCUCCCGAGGGACCGCCCGAGGACCCCGUGUCUCGCCCGGCGCGUCGCCGGCGCCCGGCGGACACGGGCGGCGGCGCCGCUCCCCGGCCGGGAGGAGGGCGCCCGACGGGUGCGGCCCGGCCCCUCCGCGACGGCUCGCCGCCGGGCGGCGUGGGGCCGCGGGUGAUCUCCAUCAGCUCCGGCGAGGAGGACGUCAUCUGGGUCCCCGCGGCGCGGGCCCCGCCGGCGGCCCCGGGCCCGGCCGGGCCCCCCGCCGGCAAGCCCUACCGCUGCCCCGACUGCGGCCGCUGGUUCCGCUGGCGGGCCAACUUCCUGCGCCACCUCCGCGCCCGCCCGGCCGAGGAGAAGCCGUUCGAGUGCCCGGCCUGCGGCGAGGCCUUCCCCGAUGGCGGCCAGCUGGCCCGGCACCGCGCCGCCCACGAGGCCGAGCGGGCCCACCGCUGCGCCCAGUGCGGCCGCCGCUUCCGCCGCCCGGCCCACCUGCGGGCCCACCAGCGCGCCCACCCGCCGUGCGGCGACUGCCCCAAGGCCUUCUCCUGCCUCUCGCACCUGCUGCGCCACCGGCGGAGCCACACGGGCGAGCGGCCCUUCCAGUGCAGCUUCUGCCCCAAGCGCUUCGGCGACAGCUCCGUCUGCCGGCGCCACCAGGACGUCCACAUGCGCACCAAGUCGCGCCGGGCCCUCAACUCCUUCUGA